AGCCCGGCCUGGCUCCGGCCCUGCGCCGGUCCCGCCUCCGCGGAGCCGCGCGGUGUGGGGCGCGUAGCGGCGCAGAGUCCCGACUUGCCGCGGAGAUGCAGAGCUCGGCCUGGACGCGCUUCUACUCCAACAGCUGCUGUCUCUGCUGCCAUGUCCGCACCGGCACCAUCAUCCUCGGAGUAUGGUACCUGAUUAUCAAUUCAGUGGUAUUGCUGAUUCUGCUGAGUGCCCUGACUGAUCCUGACCAGUACCAUCUAACCAGUGCUGAAUUAGGGGGUGAAUUUGAAUUUAUGGAUGAUGCCAAUAUGUGCAUUGCCACAGCAAUUUCUCUUCUUAUGAUUAUGAUCUGUGCAAUGGCUACAUAUGGCGCAUAUAAGCAACACGCAGCUUGGAUCAUCCCUUUCUUCUGUUACCAGAUCUUCGACUUUGCUCUCAACACGUUGGUUGCCAUCAGUGUACUCGUCUAUCCCAGCACAAUUCAGGACUACCUCCGCCAGCUGCCCACCAAUUUUCCCUACAAGGAAGAGAUUAUGUCUGUGAACCCUACGUGUCUGGUUGUGAUUAUCCUCCUGUUCAUAAGUAUCAUUUUGGCUUUUAAGGGUUACUUGAUAAGCUGCGUGUGGAACUGUUAUCGAUACAUUAAUGGCAGAAACAACUCAGAUGUGCUGGUGUACAUUACCACCAAUGACACUGCGGUCCUGUUGCCACCUUAUGAUGAUCCUGUGAAUGGAGCUGCUAAAGAUCCACCACCACCUUAUGUGUCAGCAUAAGUGACAGAGUGCUGUGUACCUAGGGAGGAUAGCUUUACUUUUCAGACAUUGGAGCAAUAGUUUGACAAUUCCACUUCCAGGAUACAGCCUCUAUGGGUUAUACAUUGCUGGUUCGCUGACAUAUUGAAAACUAAACUGUAUCAUUAAAAUUCUGUAGAUAGUUUUAAUAAUUUGCUGCAGUAGUGUUUCAGAAACUAGUGAACUACUUUCAGAACAAUUCUUGGUAGUGCUACGGUUAGAGUAGUCACUGAAUAGCUUUUUCCACCAUGUCUGACACUCAGUGAUUGAUCGAGAACAUAGAACUUUGCAUUCCCAAUCACGUUGAGAGUGUAACUUACUUUUUUUUUUUCAUUUGUGAACCUUCCAAAGCAUUACAAAUGUGUUUCUCAGAUGCCCACUUUCACCUUCAGAAUACAGACCAAGUCCAAAACAGUGACAUUCCACUUCGUUCCUGUUCUGCAGGGAUUUAUUAAGUUGUUACGCUAUAAAGGAUGAUGAUUGCAAGAAGAAGAAUGAUUCUUAUGCACUAUCCAUACACUUAUCAACCUGGCUAAUGGGAAACAAAUUUAAUUGGGAAGAAUAAGUAUGGGAAAUAAGAGUAGACAAAGCACUCUGGUGUGUAACAAGCCAGAACUUGUGGUCUACAUGGACUCACCUUGUCCCAGCCUACAACCGUUUUAACACUUAAAAAAAAAAAAAAUAGUUCUUACCAACUUUUUGUAAUUUUCUUUUCCUGCCUGUACACCUUUUUCCUUCCCAUGAACCUCACAAAUAGUAUUUUGAGGUCACAAAAUCCCUACUUUUAAAGUCCCAUGGUUAGGUGACAAAGCUGCAACUUUCACACUCAAUAUGCAAAUGUUUUUCCAUUGGAAUGUGCCUGUAAAUAUCACAAUGUUCUGCUGAGUGUGAACUAAAUUAUGCAGAUUCUAAGAUAUAUGUUCCCAACCUAUGGGAAAUUUAUGCAUGUAACUUCCUCAAGUAUCAACAGAAAUGUUUUGCAUGUUUCUCAUAUACAUCAGCGUGGAGAUUUUAGAUUCCUUUUAUGACUGAACUGGUUGUGCUGGGAAUCUUUCCCAUGGGACUCAUCCAUCCAUGAAUGCUUGCUUGAGGUAUUUAUUUAUUCCCCGGAGAAGUGCCUCCUGCACAUGUAACUUUUUGUUGCUGAUGAAGGUUCUACUUUUAAUUGAAAAGGAACAAGGAAGGGAAUAUAAUGUGUGUCUCUACCUCUCUUGGUUUCCCUCUGUGUUGUCUCCUCUGCUUUUGGGGUGAUUGAACAGGUUGAAGCUAGACUGAUGCCACUGCACACCACCCCAGAUAAAGGGUAGUGCAGAGCUGAGCCGCAGUGCAGAGCUGAGCCACAGUGCAGAGGGGCACCAGAAGAAACCUUGCUGCUGUGUCUCCUGUGGCUGGGCUGGCAUGUGAGUUCACACCCUCCCUAAGGAGGACACGCGUUCUCGCCCUCAGUGCACUGACUCCAUUGUGCAGAAUGAACAAGAGUGCAACUUUUCCUGGCUUUUCCUGGAAAAAGAGCUUUCCAGGGGAACACAGGAACAACUCUACAUGGAGAUUGCAACUGUGACCUGUCCUUGCAGAGGCCAGGGAAGGAAGGGCCAGACUCUGCCUGCCUCUUCCACACCCCUGGGAAAGGCAGAUCCCCAUCUGCUUGUUGGAAUUUUACUUUGGGGUUCAUCUACUUUGAGAACAAACUAAGCAAUGCUUUUGACUGAACCAAUCCUGAAGUCCAUCCAUUGAUCUCUGUCACAGUCCUAUUGCUUCCUUCAAAAUAACUCCAUGUAUUAUUAUCUCAUUACAGUUAUCUUCAGGAAUGAAUCUGAAUUUGGGGGUUGGGCUGGCUGGCUGGGCUUCUGAGCUUCAUUUUCUUUCAUUCUUGACAGAUUUGUGAAGGAUUUUAAACAGUCAUCUGCUUGAGAAAAGCCAGUUGUAAAUACAUUGCAUCUGUGUACACAAUACACUCUCUACAAUAAAAGGGUGUUUCCUCAAAACUA